AUGCAGGCCAAGACAGUGGUAGGUGAAUGGGGCCCCACAGAUUACGGCAGGCUAGCCGAGAGGUCCAUGCACUUCGCGCUAGUGAUCGCGCUAGUGCUCGCGCUUUUGUAUUUCAACUGUUACUCCAAAUGCUUCCUCUUUCCUCUCCACUUCAGAUUCGACCACCAUCAACACCAUCAGCAGAUACACACACUUGUCGCUUUGGCAUGCGCGAGGAGGGCGGUCUCUUCGCAUGAUUUGGCCAGAUUCGCGGUGACCCAUCGACUUGCUGAGCGACUUUCGCGCUGCCUGCUGGCCGAUGCGACGGCAUGUAUGUGCACUCGACGACUCAGCAUGCGCGAGGAGGGCGGUUUCUUCAAACGACUAGGCAGAUUCGCAGCGACCCAUCGACUUGCAGAGCAACUUUUGUGCUGCGUGCUGGCGUAUUCCCGCUACGACGUCCACUCGCCCCUUCCGCCUGAGUGGAGUUUGAUUGGUGAGUACAAUCUCAACAAUCCUUUUCAUCAUUUAGGGGAUGCUGACUUUGAUGGUGUUCUACGCUCCCAUUCCCGUCCUGCACCUCGUCUUCCGAUCUCACGGAGUCUGCUGGCGGCCGCUGCCCUCGAUCGGGCUGUCCACGGACGCGCAGGGGGAAUUGUUGCCGAACUGCCACUUCUGUCAUGCGUUACGUGCGGAGCCUCGCAAAUCACCACACGAUCCUCACAGUCAGCGCUGUUUCUGCCGGACGGCGAGGAGAUGGAUAGAAGGCAAGUCAAGGGUGUAAAAGAGAGACGUUGGCGGUAUCGAGUCCUCGCCUACCUUCUUCUUACUGUGCUCCAAGAUCUCCAGGCUCACCCCGAGGAUGGCCAUUUCGCGAAGUUUCUGGCAGAGGUAGAGUCGGCGGCUGAGCUUCCACCACCACAUUAUCCUAGUCCGUACGAGGAGUACGUUGAAGGAGCACCAUCCUAUGCUUCCGCCACUCAAGGAGACGAGCAGGAGGGUACGCUAUUUGAAGCAUGGAAUCCGGAUGAUGGCCAAAGGCGCGAAUAG